AUGCGCAGCAAGUUCAAGGACGAGCACCCCUUCGAGAAGCGCAAGGCUGAGGCCGAGCGCAUCCGACAGAAGUAUUCCGAUCGCAUUCCCGUCAUCUGCGAAAAGGUCGAGAAGAGCGAUAUUGCUACCAUCGACAAGAAGAAGUACCUAGUCCCCGCGGACCUGACAGUAGGCCAGUUUGUCUACGUCAUCCGCAAGAGGAUUAAGCUUUCUCCAGAGAAGGCUAUCUUCAUCUUCGUGGAUGAGGUCCUUCCUCCUACUGCCGCUCUCAUGAGCAGCAUCUACGAGGAGCACAAGGACGAGGAUGGCUUCCUAUACAUCACCUACUCCGGCGAGAACACCUUUGGUACCGCAUAA